UCCAAACAAAGACAGGUUAUCACAUGGACCCGAGAGCUGCCUGGGAAAAGCAGGAGCCGCAGUUAUCAAAGUUGGACGCUUGAUGAAAUAUGCUUUUGUCUCCGUUUCUGUUGCGCUCAAUCAGGUCAACAAGUGUUGGCUAAGUGUUGAGCGCGGUUUCCUGUGGAUUGUGUAAGGCCUUGCAGGACAAUGAGUGUUCUGGGGCCACUGAGUAAUGUGGCCGUUUCUGACCCAGCAGCCGGGAAAAUGUGAGACUCUCUGCUGCAGCUGGAAGGAGGACAGCUGGGCCCACGUUCCCGCAGGCGCAGGACUGCACCGCCGGGCCCGGGGCAGCAGAACCAGCCAACAUGGAUGACAACAUGGACACAAAAUCCAUUCUAGAAGAACUUCUUCUCAAAAGGUCACAGCAAAAGAAGAAAAUGUCGCCUAAUAAUUACAAAGAGCGGCUUUUCGUUUUGACUAAAACAAACCUCUCCUACUAUGAAUAUGACAAAAUGAAAAGAGGCAGUAGAAAAGGAUCAAUUGAGAUUAAGAAAAUCCGAUGUGUGGAGAAAGUAAAUCUGGAGGAGCAGACCCCCGUGGGGAGACAGUACCCAUUUCAGAUUGUCUAUAAAGAUGGGCUUCUCUAUGUGUAUGCAUCGAAUGAAGAGAGCCGAAGUCAAUGGCUGAAAGCACUACAAAAUGAGAUAAGGGGCAACCCCCACCUGCUGAUCAAGUACCACAGUGGGUUCUUCGUGGACGGCAAGUUCCUGUGCUGCCAGCAGAGCUGCAAAGCGGCCCCAGGAUGUACUCUCUGGGAAGCAUAUGCUGAUCUGCACGUUGCACCCAAAGAAGAAAAACACAGAGUUCCUCCCAUCUUCCCAGACAGAAUGCUGAAGAUUCCUCGAGCAGUUCCUAUUUUCAAAAUGGAUGAACCAUCUUCAAGUACCACUCUGGCCCAGUAUGACAGUGACUCCAAGAAAAACUCUGGCUCCCAGUCAAAUGUCAACACGCGAUAUACUCCAAGAGAAGACUGCCCUGACUGGUGGCAAGUAAGAAAGCUGAAAAGCAGUGAAGAUCUUGCAGGCGGUAACCACAGAGAAAGAAAUGUGGUAAAUCACAGCACGUCAAAGAUGUCAUGGGGUUCCCCUGAGUCAAGUUCAUCUGAAGAAGAAGAAGAAGAAGAAGAAAACCUUGAGGACUAUGACUGGUUUGCAGGUAACAUCUCCAGGUCACAAUCUGAGCAGUUACUGAGACAAAAGGGAAAAGAAGGAGCAUUUAUGGUUAGAAAUUCCAGCCAGGCGGGAAUGUACACGGUGUCUCUCUUCAGUAAGGCUAUGAAUGAUAAAAAAGGAACGGUCAAGCAUUACCAUGUGCAUACCAACGCUGAGAACAAAUUGUACCUGGCAGAAAACUACUGUUUUGAUUCCAUUCCCAAGCUUAUUCAUUAUCAUCAACACAAUUCAGCAGGCAUGAUCACACGACUCCGCCACCCUGUGUCGACCAAGGCCAACAAGGUUCCCAUCUCCGUGUCCUUGGGAAGUGGAAUCUGGGAGCUGAAAAGAGAAGAGAUUACCCUGCUGAAGGAGCUGGGAAGUGGCCAGUUUGGCGUGGUCCAUCUGGGCAAGUGGCAGGGCCAGUAUGACGUUGCUGUUAAGAUGAUCAAGGAAGGCUCCAUGUCGGAAGAUGAGUUCUUCCAGGAGGCCCAGACCAUGAUGAAACUCAACCAUCCCAAGCUGGUGAAAUUCUAUGGAGUGUGUUCCAAGAGAUACCCUAUCUACAUAGUGACUGAAUAUAUAACCAAUGGCUGCUUGCUGAGUUACUUGAAGAGUCAUGGGAAAAGACUGGAACCCUCCCAGCUCUUAGAAAUGUGCUAUGAUGUUUGUGAAGGCAUGGCCUUCUUGGAGAGCCACCAGUUCAUACAUCGGGACUUGGCUGCUCGGAACUGCUUGGUGGACAGUUAUCUCUCCGUGAAGGUGUCUGACUUUGGAAUGACGAGGUAUGUUCUUGAUGACCAGUAUGUCAGUUCGGUGGGAACCAAGUUUCCGGUCAAGUGGUCCGCCCCAGAGGUGUUUCACUACUUCAAAUACAGCAGCAAGUCAGACGUAUGGGCGUUCGGGAUCCUCAUGUGGGAGGUGUUCAGCCUGGGGAAGCAGCCCUACGACUUGUACGACAACGCGCAGGUGGUCCUGAAGGUCUCCCAGGGCCACAGGCUCUACCGGCCCCAGCUGGCGUCGGACACCGUCUACCAGAUCAUGUACAGCUGCUGGCACGAGGCAAGUGCCCCCACGGGGCGGCAGGGGUGCCAGGCCCUGGGGUGGGUGCCGCUCCCCGUGGAGGAAGCACUGUGGGGGGAGGGCGCCUGCCGCGGAGCGGCGGGAAAGGGCCCGAGCCCCUGCCCGCAGGUGUCUGUGAUCUGCAACCCGCACCGUAGGCGCCAGCAAUCUAACAAGCUUCCAGAAAAGCGUCCCACAUUUCAGCAACUCCUAUCUUCCAUUGAACCACUUCGGGAAAACGACAAGCCUUGAAGAAGAAAUUAGGAGAUCUGAUGAGAAUGAUGAUAAAUAUUGGCCAACAUUUUCAUUCUUUUUAAGGAAAGUAGCAAAACACAGACACUGUAAUUUGGCUAGUCCUUCUCUCUGUGCUGUUUCUUCUAUUUUCUAGAAAUGAGCAAGGUAGGAAACAAAAAAUUUCCUAGAAAUGUAGGUCACAUUAGUAAUUUUGUUUAUGCUGCUUUUAAUAUUACACUUCCCAGCCUUUAGCAAAAGCACAUUUUCUGAUUAAAAAAUAGACAGGAUGUGUACCAUGUGUAAAGAUUGAACAGAAUUGAAAAAUCAUGUGUUGGAUAUUUGUUCUUUUCUCAGUAUCAUCACUAUCAUGAUAAUUAAAUGUUAUUAACAAGUAUGGAAAUGGCAACACUUGCCUUCAUGUUUCAAUGUUCUCAAUCUGUAGCGUGCAUGAGAAUCAAAUGGAGAGUUGAUUUAAAACACAGGUUCCUUAGGAACUGGCCCAGAGAUUCUGGUACAGCAGGUCUGAAUGCAGCCUGAGAAUUUGUUUUU